AUGCUCAAGAUCCUAUGGCAGGUCAUACAACUCUUUUACACUACAGCUUGUGUUGGUAAUGUUGAAGCAGCAAUGUUUUUAACUGAACAAGGCGCAGAACCUGAUUUAUCACAACGAGGAAAAAGUACUGCAUUACAUGUUGCUGCUUUCUAUGGACAUGCUAAUGCUGUUCGUUGUCUUUUAGAAAACGGAGCUAAUUAUCGAAUAAAAACUGAAGCUAAUAAUACACCUGAAGAUGAAGCAUAUAAUGAUGAUAAUGAAUUAACACAACAUCAAACAUUAUUACAUUGUGCUAGUAAGAAAGGCUAUUGUGACCUAGUACAUUGGCUUGUAGAACAAUGUAAGGCUAACAUGAAUCUUCUUGAUUUCAAUGGAAACACACCAUUACAUCUUGCUGCUUAUGGUAGUCAUACAAGUAUUGUUGAUUACCUUGUUAACCUUGGUUGUGAUCCAACUGUUAAAAACCGUUGGGAUACAAAAGCUGAAGACGCAGGCACUAAAUAUAGUAAUAGUAUUACUGAUAUAUUCAAACAUAUGCGUGAACGUGACAUGUUUGAAAGGACACGAACUGGUGUAGAGUGGUGUUUAUCAUAUUAUGCAUGCCGUUAUGGACAAUAUUCUUUUGCAAAAUGGUUAUUAGAACAUGGAGCUAAUGUUAAUAUUCAAAUGAAAAAUAAACCAAGAAGUACUUCAUUGCAUGUAGCGAAAUUUCGUAGUCAUGUUUUAAUUGUUGAGCUUUUACUUGAAUAUAGUGCAGAUGUUAAUAGUAAAAAUGAUUUUGGAGCAAAUGUCUUCGAAGAUGACAUAUCAGAAGAAGUAGAUAAAGACUCAGCAAGUAGAAUUAAAACUAUCUUACUACAAUAUCAACGUAAUUUAAUAUGCCAUAAACUGAUUGAUAUACAUGUGUAUGAAAAUGAUGGUAAUGAUGAUGAACCAAUCGUAAAAAUUAAAGUAGGACCUUCAUUAAACUACCAGGAUUUAUUAACAGAACUAUCUAAUGUCUCAAGUGAUCAAUAUCCUUAUUUUUCUAUUGCUCGACAUAUACUUUUUUUCGAGAAAAAGGGCACAACUAUUAUAUCAGCUGUAGGUUGUUCACGAUAUGCUUCCUCGAAAUUUAUUGAUACACCAAUUUGUCUUGUACGUCACAAAACGUUACCAAAUGGAUAUGAAAGCCAUCAAUCAAUUCGUCAGGAGCCUAUACAAUUUUUCACACCUGAUCCUAAAACAUUAGACAUUCCUGGAUGUAUUUGUCUCUUUCAAGCUGAACUUAAUUCAUCUACUACCUUCGUUGUUGAACUAUCUGUCGUAACCAUGAUUGAUAAGCCGAACGUUCUUUUGUACACUUUUGCGCAACCUUUAUCAUUCUGGUCUAAUUCUAGCACUCGUCGAAGUCUUCUACCUAUAAUUAGUGGUAUUUAUGCAUUCGUACUUCAUUUUGAUAUUAUCCCAAAUCAUCUUACAUUACCAGUAGAUAUAAUUAUUGCAGCUGCUCUUGAACGACCAUUGAUAUUAAGAGAUAAACCUGUGCCAUGUAGAUGUUUAGUUCUUCGCAAACAUGUUUCUGCACAUAGCUUAUCAUGGAACGACUAUUAG